AUGUUGCGUGAUCGUGGUCGAGGGCUCGCGAUGAUGCGCGAGGAUGCAGCGUGCAGAUGUGCGAGGUGCGUGGGCGGGGCGAUGCUGGCGCUGGAGGAUGCGAAGGUUAAUGAGAUUGAGCAUGUAAAACACUUAGAACAAGUGUUUAGAGUCUUGAUAUCCAAAUGUUUAUAUGGAAACUUAGAAAAGUAUCAUUUCUUUUCUAGUCAAGUUGUUUUCCUAGGCUUUAUUGUAUCUAGUGAAUGGAUCAAAGAAGAUGAUAAGAAGGUUCAAGCAAUCAAGGAGUGGCCUACUCCUACCUCUAGGCAACAAGAUCGAAGUUUCCAUGGACUAGCCUCCUUCUAUAGAAGGUUUGUUCGAAAUUUAAGUGCCAUUAUGACACCUAUAACUGAGAUUACAAAGAUGAAAAAGUUUGAAUGGAACCAUGAAGCUCAUAAGGCAUUUGAAGAGGUAAAAGCUCAACUCACUAGUGCUCCUAUUCUAGCUUUGCCUAACUUCAAUGAGGUUUUUGAAGUUGAAUAUGAUGCAUCUGGUGUGGGAAUUGGAGUUGUGCUUUCACAAAAUGGUAGGCCUUUGGCUUACUUUAGUGAAAAAUUGAAUGAAGCAAAAUGA